AUGUCCGGUAAUGACACACAGAAAAUCGCAGACGCUGUAAGUACAUCCGGAGAAGGAGCCACAGCCAGUGCGGCUGACGACAAUGUCAAAAAGACGGAAAAUCCAUGGGCGUCUCCACGCCAGGACUAUCAUAAAGUCAUCCGUCGUCCUAUGGAUAUGAAGACCAUUCAGAAGCGUUUGCAGAAUAUCUACUACUAUUCAGCAAAGGAAUGCAUGGAGGAUAUAAUGACAAUGUUCAACAACUGCUACACUUUCAACCCUCCUCACAGUGAGAUCGUUUCGAUGGGUCGCGAACUCGAACAACUCUUCUUGGCCAAGAUUGCUGAUAUGCCUUCUGAUGAAGUCGAAAUCGCACGACCUUCUUCGAAACGUGGUCCGAAAACUCUUCGCAAGGGCCCAUCUCCAGCUCCUGCCGGUGGACGGAAGUCAGCGUCUUUCGUUCGAGCGUCAAGAGAGUCGUCAAUACAACGAGGUGCUGCUGAUAGCUCUUCUGUGCUCGGUGAUUCCGAUGUCCCAAAUGUUGUAGAAGAGUCGUCAAGUGGGACCAGCAUGGAUGUUCCGAUAAGCUCCUCAACACUCCACCCUCUUAAGGUGCAGAAAGGGGUGAAGAGGAAAGCAGACACCACGACUGGUGUUCUUAUUGAAGAAGAUUCUGGCAAGACAGAAGACAGUAAUUCUCAGGUUCCUCGUCGUGAGUCUGCUCGUCCAGUGAAGAAACCGGCACAUUUCAUCGAUUAUACACAACUACCUCCUAGGUAUAAAGGCAAAGCUUCAGAAUCAAUGAAGUUCUGCCACAAGGUGUUACAUGAAUUAAUGGGCAAGAAGUGCAAAGUUUGUUCUAAUUGUUUUACAUAUAAUCCUGCCACAGAUGUCAUUCACCAGCAUGGAAGAGCUCUUUUGCGAGCUUUUGAGGAAAGGUGGUCACAGUUGCCGGCAGAUGAAGAUGUAGCUGAUACGAAUGUUGUGGCUACUUCAUGCGAUAUGGACGAGGACGACCAACUUGCCUUCUACCUCGAUCAUUUGAAUUCACAACGAAAGAAGCUACAAGAACGUCUUGACCAAAUUGGGCAGCAAACUACUGAACUUGCUGAGCUGCAGUUGAAGAGGAAGGAGGCUAAGCAAGGAGACGGAACGGUACCAACUGUACCUCCUGCUCUGGUGACUUCUGUCCAGCAGACCCUCGCAAGGAAGCUUCUGAAGCGUCCACCAUCUCAUGCAAUUAACGAGCCAGCCAAGUUAUAUUGCGGUCGAGGGCGUAGACCUGGUUCGAAGAACAAGCCGAAAGCGGAGAGUUCAGCGAAUGGAAAGCCAUGGAAGGAUGAUUAUGAGUUUGAUUCAAGCGAUGAAGCAUCUCAUGAGCCAAUGUCUUACGAUGAAAAGCGGCAACUCAGCCUUGAUAUCAACAAACUUCCUGGUGAUAAACUCAGCAUGGUCGUCAGUAUUAUUGAAAGUCGAGAGGACCUGUCGGAUAUCAGUCCAGAGGAAAUUGAGAUAGAUUUUGAAACUCUCAAAGCUGUUACCCUUCGUGACCUCGAAGCCUUUGUUGCUGCCGCUCUGAAACGGAAACCGCGAAAGACAGUUAAAAGCGAUAACGAGACGCGUAAACGUGAAAUCGAGGAUAAGAUAAAGAAGCUUGGUGGAACAGUUUCGGCGCAGCAGUCGAAUAAGAACGCAGCAUCCACCGCAGAUGCUUCCCGACAUGUGGUUAGUCGUGCCCGCUCAUCAUCUGAAUCCUCAUCUGGUAGUUCUGGAUCGUCGUCAUCGUCAAGCAGUGACUCGUCCGAUUCAGAAUCAGGUUAG